UCAAUUCCUCUAAAUAAAUUUUCACUUUAAUGUUUGAUUUUCUUGGCAGAAUGUUGUAACGGAGAUUCCAAUGCUUCGGCGAUCGAUCUGCCUAUUGUCGUAAAAGAUACAGCGAGCGAUCAUACGAAUGAGGGGCAGAGCACUUAUAGGUGUUACAAGACGGGAUCCUUUUCGGACGUUAUGCCUCUCGAACAGUCCAUAUCUCAGUCCACAAUCUCGUCCACGCGAAUGGAACGACGAUGCAAGAUCGGUACCUUGAUGAAUAUUGAUCAAAAUAAGGCAACAAAACAGGAAAAGCACGUCGCCCUGGAUGAUCGCCAAGUCGCACGAAUCUCCACGACGUCGGUCGAUUCAAAUGUCAGCGAUCAUCAUCAGCCCGGCAAAUCCGAUCUCGGCAAGAGGAUCGAUCAUUCGGAAUGGAUCCGCAGGAAGCAGGAGAUUGCGCAGCGGGCGAAGGAGAAGGAAGAACGCGCCGCGAAGAGGCGACAGGCGGAGGAGGAAAAAGCCGCGCGGGAGAAGGAAGAGAAAAUGCGGCUGGAAAAGGAGAACUUUCUCAAGUGGGUGAAGAGGAAGAGGCAGCAGGAGCUCGACAGGAGAGCGGUGCUCGAGAACGAAUUGGAAUUGCAGAGGCGCGUGAAGGAGCUCGAGAAUAAGCUCGCCGACGCGAACAUCCAGUAUCUUCGUCAGUGGUUUCACAGGAAGCAGGCGGAGCAAAAGGCCCGGCGUAAGGAGCAGGAGACGAGGCAAAAGAAGAUGGACGAGGAGCGCGAAAAGAGGCUGGAGCAAAGCGCAAAAGCGUACGAGAAGUGGCGAGAGAAUUCCAAGAACAAGCCCAAGCCUGCCACGCAGGGGCUGCUUCCUCAUCAGAAGGCGAAGCCAGCGUAUAUAAAUCCGAUUCCUUGGCAAUCGAUCGUGGAGAUCGACUCCGACGAAGCGCAGGAGAAUACGCCUUGUGAGAAAAAAGAGAACAUAAAUCAGUUGAAGAUGAGCGACAGAAAAACGAUCGCGGCGCAUCAAUGAUCGCGACAGGAAAAAUCUAUUCGAUGAAACGAUUUUGUGAUUUUAAAAAUGAAUCUGAAAUGCAAAGUGAGAUACAAGAAUCUAUAGCGUAAUAAUUAAAAAAAUAUUUCCGAAAAUCUCUUGCAAUCAAUGCGUUCAAUCUGCUCUUGCGUUCAAUCAAUCGCAAGUUUCACAAAGUUCGUUUGGCGUCGGUCACUGCUAAAAUAUUUAAUUAGCAGAGUUGCAAAAUAAGAAAGAAAAUUAUGUUUCCCUGCUUAAUCCUUGCAAAGGGAAAUUUACAUUUCUACGUUUCCUGAUAAAUUCCAUCUUCUCCCUUAAGGCGGGUCGAGGGUGCAUAAGGGCAAGACGAUAAGAUGUCACAUUUCGAUAUAUGUCAAUUUGAUUGAAGUGACUUUAAUGAUAUAGGUUUGUUCACACGUUUAAUGACAACCUGUGCUACAUAAUACAAAGUAUUUGAUUAUAACAAGACAAAGCAG